GGUAAUAGUCAUAUUGCGCAUGUGUAACACAGCUGGUUGUUUUGUUCAUCAAUACUUGCAUUGAUUGAGUGGAUUAUGCUGCAUUAUUUAGUGGCAGUGAAGUAGUUUUUUUGCACUUUGCAUUUUUUUCCUCUCCCUUGCGCCUGAGUCGACUGUGCAGUAAUUUGAUAAACUAGGUAGAAAUUACUGUUUGGCAAGCGAGAAAGAGCUAGCCCAUAGCUAACAGCAGGAAACAACCACGCCAAGAUGGACGAAUCUGCUGCAGCAUCGACCAGAGAAGACACCGCUGAAAACAAACCCUGCGGUGGUGACAGUGCACCCGAAAACAUCGCUGAUCCAUCAGCUGAGGAGACAGCCGACAGGGAUGGGGUUUUCUGCUGUCAGCAUUGUGGAGAAACCUUCAGAGAGGAGGCAUCCUUGCUGGAGCAUCGCCAUCAGCACUUGCAACAAAACAUGUAUCUAGGCAACCAGUCCGAUAGUUUACACAAUGCUGAAAAGGACAGUGAAAAAGCUUAUUUCUGUACUUUAUGUUCACUCUCUUUUGCCGACAUGAGUGAACUUCACCUGCAUAUGAAAAACCAUGAUCAGACGUCUCUGAAGGAGUCUGAUGUUGUGAUUAAUUCUGGAGAAACAAAGCAGCAAAGUUAUGAAUGUCCAGACUGUGGGAAAUCUUAUGUUGUGAUUGGACACUUUCUCAAUCAUCAGCGUUCCCACAGACGACCCUCAAAAUCAGUUUUUCAUGAACUGGAGCAUUUGAAAAAGAAGUCAUUUCAGUGCGAGUCUUGUGGAAGGAAUUAUUCUCGCGCUUCAGCCCUUGAUGCUCAUCGACGCUGCCAUGAAGAAAAGUUGGUAAAGUCCAAAACCAGGAGCUCAGGAGAGGCAGGUCAGAUUGUAGAGUCGGAGGUGGAGAUGAAGCCCAGCGAAGCUCAGACAGAGGAUGGUUCUGAAAAUCUUUGCAAGUGUUCAUGUGGGAAGGCUUUUUCUACAACGAUGCGCCUGAAAACACAUCAGCGAUUUAGCCGCAACAGCCAGUGCUCCUCAGAAGAGAUAAAACACAAACCAAAGAAGAGCUCCAAUGAAUUCUACUGCAGCGAGUGUAAAAAGGCUUUCAGUGGCCAUAUUGCCCUCUUUAACCAUCAGAGGUGGCAUGCUAAUCACUCUGAUGAUUCAGCAAAAAGGUUCCCAUGUGAGGAAUGUGGAAAAGUUUUUAUGACUCUAACAUUCUACUACAGGCAUCAGCGCACAGCACACAGCGAUGAGACACCAGCAAAGUCUUUCCUUCAUCAAGUGUGUCAGCUCCAGAAAAAAGCAUUUGAAUGUAAAGAUUGUGGGCUGAAGUUUUCCAGGGCGUCAGCACUUCAUUCUCAUCAACUUCAGCACACUGACGUUUUCAAAGAAACUGAGAAGGAAGCCCAGAUGCGUUCCUCGUUGUCACCUCACAACAAAAUACUAGAGAGUGGGUGGAAAGGGACUGAGCACAUGGAGUCUUUAACAGAAGAAAAGGUGCGGCCAGUAAGUUUUUUUUCAACUGGUACAGCUGAAGAAUCGCACAUAAGUGAGUCUGAUGAAGACAUGGAGAGCUAUGAGCCUGGGGACUUUAAUGUACAGGUGAUCAGUGCCAGUGAAUCUGAAGAUGAGGUAGAAAAAGAUGUGAAUCCUGAUCUUGAGCUGUUGUGUGAAUCAGAUCAGGAAGUAAGAGAUGAUGGUGAUGUUGAUGUUUUCUCCAGGAGUCUUGUGUCAAAACCAGAGAUAGACUUGAAAAUAGUCCAGAUUGACUUUGAGCAAAUUAAUGAGUCUGCAGUGCCGGUAAAAGAAGCUGAAAAUGAAACAGCAGAGGAACGAUAUGAUUGUCCAGACUGUUAUCGCUGGUUUUCAAGUCCUUCAUCGCUACGUGUUCACAGAAUGUGGCAUGAUAUGCGUAAGAGAAGACAACAGACUCAAGGUCAGUCGGUGGCAGCUUGCAUAUGUCAAACAUGUGGCCACGAAGCCAGUAGCUAUGAAGCAUACUUGCAACACAUACAAACCCAUGAUGAUCAAAGCCCAAGCAAUGAUGUGUUGAAUCAUGACGAGGGCUUGGAGAUGAAAACUUUAACAUGCAAUGAAUGUGGUAAAAGUUUUUCUCGUUUGUCUGCUUUAGUCUCUCAUCAGUUGCAUCACUCCAAAAGAAAACAGUUUCAGUGUCCAGAUUGCAUGAUGUCAUAUUUGCAUGCAGCCAGCUUGUUUAACCAUAUGAAAACCUGCACAGCAGAAAAAAGGGAAAACAUUUUUGUCAGUAAAAAGGAGUACAAUCCAAAAAAAACCCUUCUAGGCCCAAAGAUCUAUCAUUGUGAACAGUGCGGUAAGGGUUUUUGGUCUUUAGGGGCUUACUCACACCACAAGCAAAAUCAGACUGAGUGUGUAGAUUUGAGGCUAAGAAAAGGCAUCCCAGGAUCUUUGCACUUGGUUAAUGGACGCUCACGCUCCGGCAUUAAGGUUGCAUGUCCAGUAUGUGGCAGAAAGUUCCGUCACAAAGGCAUCAUGGCGUUGCACAUGCGCAAACAUGAAAAUGGAAAUCACAAAUGCGAACUCUGCAGUCGGUCCUUCCGCCUUUUUUCCAGCCUCCUCAGACAUCAAGUUGUGCACAGUGACCAGUUACUCCCGCCGCCCAUCAAGUCUUUUCAGCAUCAGGUGGAGCAGCUGAAAAAGAACACAUACAGCUGUCCCGACUGCGGUAAGCUGUUUUCACGGGCCAAAGCAUUGCAGUUUCACAUGAAGAGCCAUGGUUAUGAGACUGGACACACACCAUCAUCCACAGCUGCACUGGAGAAUCUACAGUGUGCAAUAUGCCUUUCACAUUUCAGUAAUAAGGGCUCUCUGAGGGCUCAUCAGAAACUUUGCAUUAAAAGAAAGAGCCAAGUAGCCAUAAAGACAGAACCACCUGAAAAUAAAGAUCUCAUGAUGCAAAAGGAUGGAAUGGAGCACUCUGACCAGCUAAAGGCACAAACUGAUGCAAGUGGUGAGCUCAAACUGGACACACACACAGAUGUGGGGAAUGUAGACCAUCACAGCUCAGCUGAUUUGAAAUACAAAUGCAAAAAGUGUGACAGAAGCUUUUCAGUUGUUGGAGCUUUGAAUUUUCACAAAAGAAUUCAUGCUGAAGACAAAACCACAAAAUCUAACUUGGCCAUUUCUCUGAUGGUUAAGAAAUCUAAAAAAGAGGAGCCAAGUAAGGGACUGUUUCACUGUUCAGAGUGUGGGAGGCGAUUCACAACCAACUCAGCCCUCGGCUCCCACAAACGAUGGCACAGAGAAAAGAAGUGUUCACGAUCUUUGCUAAAAGAUGACGACUUGAAACCCAUUAGCCACAAGGCUGAGGACGGACCCUUCCAGUGCAACAAAUGUGGCAAGCAGUUUUUCAACCAUCGCGUGCUGCAGCGCCACCAGAUCUUUAACCCUCAGUGUCAAACCAAAACAGAGCCAGGUUCAAACAAAAGUGCAGAAAACGACGGCACACCAAAACAGUUUUCAUUCUCGGUGUCUGACGGAACAGUUGAGCAUCGUUCACUUCUGGUCUCUGAUUUAGAGGGUGAGCACUCUACAAUUGUCCAGGCUGCAGACCAUCAUGAAAACAAGCUGUUAGAGCACAACCCAGAACAAGAAGAUAUAAACUGCAGUCAAGGUGAAUUGUUGACUUUAACACUGAAGACAAAAUCUCACCAGUGUCCUCUCUGCUCCAUGACUUUUGCAAAAGCAAGAGGUCUGCGUGCUCAUAAGUGGCAAGCCCACGCAAAGAGCACAAAAAACAAAGAGAAGUUUCCUCUGAAUGUAAAAAAGGAGCCCACAGACUCCAACAGUGAAAUCAACAAGACAGAAGACUUGGUACCAGUAAACAAUAGUGCUGUGGGCAGGGGAAGGAAGAAAAUUGGAUCAUAUUCCCAACCUGUGAAAACUCUUGACUGUGGGAAUCAGUCCAGCUCUGCAGGCGCCCCACCUGACCAUAAAGGAGUUGGCUUGGAAGUAAAACAGGAGUCUAAACUGGAGAUCCAAACAUCUACAGCUGACAUUCCUUCACCUCUUGGCCACAUGUCGGAACACUCGGUCAAAUGCCUCUUCCUCUUUAAAUGUGGGAAGUGUGGGAAAGCUUUUCAAUCAGAGGAACAGUUAGGAACGCAUAAGCUCAAAGCGAAGACCCGGCCAUACUGCUGUGCUCUGUGCUGCCACGGCUUCUGGACAGAGAAUCUGCUACAGCAGCACCUCGCCUGGCACGAUGAAGUGCGCUGGCGUCUCCCGAAUGAGGUGCGUUUCAGGCUCAGCGCUGCUAUGGCCUCAAAACCUCAAAAACCCGACAACGGAGGAAUGUCUCUCCCACCCUCUACCACGAAGCAACCUUCGCUUUCCCCACAAGGUCAGGCACUAAGUGGCCAUAAGUGCCAGCAUUGUGGCAAAGCCUUUCUUUCACCAUCUGCUUUACAAAAACACAAAACUGAGCACUGUAACAGUGGUCAUUGCUCCAUUUGCCCCAGGACCUUCAGUCAAAUACAAGAUCUCAUUGAUCAUCACCUGGAAUGUAUCGGUGAUGACAAAAACCAGAGUACAGCCCCUGCCGCUGUCUCAUAGGAGACAACGGUGGCCUUACUUACCUUGAAUGUGGACCUGCUCAUUCUCAAGACAGAUGUGCACCAGCAUCAUACAUCAUAUCAAGCACACCUGUAAAGUGAAUUAAACAAAAAAAAAAAAAAAAACUAAAGCCACCAUAGAAAGUGGAAUUUUGUUUCUGAGACCGCCAAAUGUGUUAAGCUAAAAUGUUGUUUUCUUAUUCUCAGGCUUCCCUUUACACUGGACUAGUAUAUGUGUAUUGUGAAAAUAUAACCCCUGUUAUAAACUUAUGUUGAUGUUAUGCAGGCAUUGAUCUGAGCUGUUGGCUUAAUUUUUAACAGAUCUGCCGUGAAUGUCAGCCUCACUAAUCCCUUUGAGGUCCCUUAAGUUUUGAAAUUCAUAUAAUGCAGAUUAAGGAGAACUGAUGCAUGUCUGUCUUCAUCUAUUUAAACAAAGAAAUUAGAUGAGCUGUUAAUGCACUGCUUGUUAAAAAGUUUAGGAAGAUGUUGAAAUGAUUCUUUACCCCAGAUAUAUAGACAUCUAGCUGCUGUUCUUUUUAAUGCUGGAAAUCUUGCAGAAUGACGUACUACUACAUGUUUUACAGAACAUUUAAUUCACCUGAAACUGAUAGAACUUCUUGUAACUAUUGAUUACUUCUAAGGUGUGUAGAAUAUGUUUUCCAUUAAUUGAUUUCUAAGCGCUUGUGUUAUUUCUUUUAUAGUUGUGAAAAGACUACUCUUUGCUUAAACUAAAAUGUUAUGUUUCUGUUGGAUAGUUGUUAGGUUUUUCUUUGUUAAUUUAUAGAUAUUUUUCCCUCUUUGUGACCAGUUUACUUUGUACUUGUCGAACUUGCUGUUUAAAGAUUUAAAGAAGAUAAAGUUCUUUUGAAAAG